AUGUGGAUUACUAACUCGAUGGAAGCCGAAUUCUUCCUCGUUUUCGCCAAUCUUAACCCCGACGCCGGAUACAAGGGCAUCUCGGCGUUCGUUGUUACCAAAGACAUGAAAGGCUUCAGCAUAGCCAAGAAGGAGAAGAAGCUCGGGAUCCGGGCCUCAAGCACGUGCGUCAUCAAUUUUGACGACGUCGAAAUCCCCAAGGAGAAUCUCCUAGGCCAGGAAGGUCAGGGCUACAAGUAUGCCAUUGGUCUUCUGAACGAAGGACGUAUCGGUAUUGGCGCUCAGAUGACGGGAUUGGCUCUCGGAGCAUGGGAAAAUGCCGCCAAAUACGUAUGGAACGAUCGAAAACAGUUCGGCAAGCUGGUCGGUGAGUUCCAAGGCAUGCAACAUCAACUUGCCCAAGCCUACACGGAAAUCUGCGCGGCCCGCGCUCUGGUCUACAACGCCGCUCGGAAGAAGGAGGCAGGCGAGGACUUCGUCACCGAUGCCGCCAUGGCCAAGCUGUAUGCCAGUCAAGUUGCCGGGAGAGUCAGCGGAUUAGCAGUUGAGUGGAUGGGCGGCAUGGGUUUCGUCCGCGAGGGCAUCGCUGAGAAGAUGUUCAGGGAUAGCAAGAUUGGAGCCAUCUAUGAGGGCACGAGCAACAUCCAGCUCACCACGAUAGCGAAGGCACUGCAAAAGAAGUACACGUCAUGA